AUGACACACGAUAAAUCAACGGCGAAUUUGGAUAUCAAGGAGAAAUCAUUGAAAUCAAGGGGGAUGAUAAGCGUCCUUUGCGUUUUAUUAUUCAAAUUAUUUAUCACGAACGGAGCUUCUUUAAACGAUUUAAAUAUAAACAUUUGUCGUAACGUUGAAUAUUACUUCAUCGAA